GUGGCCUCUCUCCUUGGCUAGCAGAUGGCCACAUUCUUGCUGUGUCCUCAUAUGGGCUUUUCUCUGUGCACCUCUGGUCCAAAUUUCCUCUUUGUAUAAAGGCACCAGUCAGAUUGGAAAGUCCACCCUAAUUGUAUCAUUUUAACUAAAACACCUUUUAGAAGACCCUAACUCCAAAUAUAAUUACAUUUUGAAGUCAUGGGGGUUAGGGCUCUACCAUAUGAAUUUGGAGGCAACAUACUUCAGCCCCUAACAGUUCAACGUUUCUUCUCUUUCCCCUUCCACACUGCUGUCUGUCCCAGAGGCAGCAAGCCCACAGCUCUCAUCAAGCACCAAUGGCCAGAUUAGCCUUCCCCUCAAAUUUCCAAGAUUCAGGCUUCAACAUGUUACGGGUAUUAUUCUGCCUGGAAUGGGGUCAAAAAGGUGGCAGAAGAACUUGAAGAAUUCACUAGUUACAAAAGGGAGAGACCUUUUAGGCUGAGGAAACUGCAUAAGGAAAGAUACCAUAUGUUAAAUUUCAUGGGUAGUUUGGGGACAAUUAGAUGUGGCUGUUGUAGGGGAUGAAUGUGGUAGAUGCCAAUAGUUGAAGGAAGAAAGGUUGGUCGAGGUUAUAUUGUAAAAAGCUUUCAUUUUGGCAUAAAAUCAGCCAACACUUUAUCUAAGGAGAUGAAGAUAGGGAAUUAGAGGCUGUUCCAAUCACUCAUGCAGGAAACAAUGCAAUUAACUUGGUAAAAGGUUGGAAGAUUUGAAGAUGACUUAAAGCAAACAGCUAUCAGGAAGGGAGGAGCAGGGGAGGCAUGACAAAUAAAAGAUAAAGGGAAAAGUAGAGGCAAAGAGAAAAAAAAAAAAAAACAGAAAAAAACGAGGCAUCCUGUUCAUAUCUAAACGAUGAAUUCUAAUAUCCCAGAAGGAAUUCUUUUGAAUUGGGUUUUGCAACCUCAAAAAGGCAAAGUCUCCUCCAGACUCUGCUGGAGUUGACUAGCAUCUCUCAGCAAAGUGAGGGGGUACUGGAAGCAGAGAAGGCUCUAGAUAUCAGAAGGUCAGUUAAUGUGGAGGCACAGCAGCAAAUGGAGCCAAGAGGGAUGAAGACAGCAACAAUUUCCAAAAGGAACUGGAGAUCUGGAUGUGAUCAGCUUCAGGGGGCUAACUGGGCUGAGAGCAUUGAUAUACCCAGCUCUUUCUCAUGUAGAGAAAACAGUCAGCUCAGGCCUGGCUUAUAGAUUAAGGACCAAUCACCUGGAUCCAGCCACAGAGAGGAAACAGUGAUGGAUAUUAAGGAGCUUAUUUCCCCUCUCAGGAUACUGGGGUAGAAAAGCAGAUGGAUCAGACACUUGCAGAGGAGAAAAGAGAAGUCACUGUGCUUGUCCACUGUCCCAGUUAGUGACAGCAAUAGUCAAGGCUGGAGGUUAAGUGUAAUGAAGAUAGUGGAGCUAACUGAUUUCAUCCAACCGCAGGUUUAGGUGCAGCAGGCCAUCUUUCUCACCCUUACCCACCUGGCACCCAUUGAGGAGGGACUGUUUUAAUAAAGAUGGCUUCAGUAGGCCACCGCAAGUCAAAGUUGGGUCUGUCUCCAAUGUGAGUUUGGUUUUUCUUUAUGAAACCUCUGGUCACAAGAAUAUGAGAGUUUCCACUCUGGUUCUGAACCAUGGGUCAUCAAUCCUAAUGGGUUAUGGGUUCCAGCUGUGAGAUUUGCAGUCCCUGUCUGGGAUUACAAAGAGUAAAUGAAGUGCUCCAAUUAAGACCAGGUGUGGGCAGUCAGAACUGAGAGGCCACGAGUGUCCCUCUGAAGAAGGUGGUGACCGCAGAGAAGGUGGUACUGGGCCUGAAUCACUGGUGGGCAGAGAUGGUGCCUGCCAGGCCUGAGCAAGCUCUUUGGAGCCCACUCCACAGAGAGAGGAGCAACAGCAGCCCUGAAAGUACCCCAAGGACUUCUGCUGCAACCAAGGCUUCCCACUGCAUUUCCCCCUCACAGACUCUCCUGUAAUUCUUUAGACAUCGAUGAUGGUGGCCCUUCAAGGAGCUUCUGCAUUGCUCGUUCUGUUCCUUGCAGCUUUUCUGCCCCCGCCGCAGUGUGCCCAGGACCCAGCAAUGGUGCAUUACAUCUACCAGCGCUUUCGAGUCUUGGAGCAAGGGCUGGAAAAAUGUACCCAAGCAACAAGGGCAUACAUUCAAGAAUUCCAAGAGUUCUCAAAAAAUAUAUCUGUCAUGCUGGGAAGAUGUCAGACCUACACAAGUGAGUACAAGAGUGCAGUGGGUAACUUGGCACUGAGAGUUGAACGUGCCCAACGGGAGAUUGACUACAUACAAUACCUUCGAGAAGCUGACGAGUGCAUAGAAUCAGAGGACAAGACACUGGCAGAAACGUUGCUCCAAGAAGCUGAAGAAGAGAAAAAGAUCCGGACUCUGCUGAAUGCAAGCUGUGACAACAUGCUGAUGAGCAUAAAGUCUCUGAAAAUAGUGAAGAAGAUGAUGGACACACAUGGCUCUUGGAUGAAAGAUGCUGUCUAUAACUCUCCAAAGGUGUACUUGUUAAUUGGAUCCAGAAACAACACUGUUUGGGAAUUUGCAAACAUACGGGCAUUCAUGGAGGAUAACACCAAGCCAGCUCCCCGGAAGCAAAUCCUAACACUUUCCUGGCAGGGAACAGGCCAAGUGAUCUACAAAGGUUUUCUAUUUUUUCACAACCAAGCGACUUCUAAUGAGAUAAUCAAAUAUAACCUGCAGAAAAGGACUGUGGAAGAUCGAAUGCUGCUCCCAGGAGGGGUAGGCCGAGCAUUGGUUUACCAGCACUCCCCUUCAACUUACAUUGACCUGGCUGUGGAUGAGCAUGGGCUCUGGGCCAUCCACUCCGGGCCAGGCACUCAUAGCCAUUUGGUUCUCACAAAGAUUGAGCCAGGCACACUGGGAGUGGAGCAUUCAUGGGAUACCCCAUGCAGAAGCCAGGAUGCUGAAGCCUCAUUCCUCUUGUGUGGGGUUCUCUAUGUGGUCUACCGCACUGGGGACCAGGGCCCUCAUCGCAUCACCUGUGUCUAUGAUCCACUGGGCACUAUCAGUGAGGAGGACUUGCCCAACUUGUUCUUCCCCAAGAGACCAAGAAGUCACUCCAUGAUCCAUUACAACCCCAGAGAUAAGCAGCUCUAUGCCUGGAAUGAAGGAAACCAAAUCAUUUACAAGCUCCAGACAAAGAGAAAGCUGCCUCUGAAGUAAUGCAUUACAGCUGGGAGAAAGAGCAUUGUGGCUUUGGCAGCUGUUCUACAGGACAGUGAGGCUACAGCCCCUUCACAAUAUAGUAUCCCUCUAAUCACACACAGGAAGAGUGUGUAGAAGUGGAAAUACAUAUGCAUCCUUACCCAGAUGUCACUGCCUUAGGUAUCUUCCAAGAGCUUAGAUGAGAGCAAGAGCAUAUCAUUAGAAAAGUUUCAACAAUGUCCAUUACUCCCCCAAACCUCCUGGUUCUCAAGGCUGACCACAUUCUGAUACAGCUUACUUCAAGCCUUUUAUUUUACUCCCCCCCAGCAUUUACUGUAACUCUGCCCUCUUCCCUCCCACAAUUAGAGUUAUAUACCAGCCCCUAAUAUUCACCACUGGCUUUUCUCUCCCCUGGCCUUUGCUGAAGCUCUUCCCUCUUUUUCAAAUGUCUAUUGAUAUUCUCCUAUUUUCACUGCCCAACUAAAGUACUAUUAAUAUUUCUUUCUUUCUUUUUUUUUUUUUUUUUUUUUUUUGAGACAAGGUCUCACUAUGUUGCCCAGGCUGGUCUCAAACUCCAGAGCUCAAGAGAUCCUCCUGCCUCAGCCUCCUAAGUACCUGGGAUUACAGGCAUGUGCCACCACACCUGGCUUAAAGUACUAUAUCUUAUUGAGGUCUAACCUCUAUUUCCCCUAGCCCUGUCCUUCCACUAAGCUAGGCAGGUGUAAUAAUAAAGUGAAAAUGUUAACAUUUGAAAACCACUUUCCAGGUGUAGAGUGUUUGCACAUCAUUUAAUUCUCAUCUCACCCUUGUGAAACAUGCACAAGUCUUUACAGCUGUCAUUCUAGAGUUUAGGUGAGUAACACAAUUACAAAGUGAAAGAUACAGCUAGAAAAUACAAAUUCCGGUCUUUCCAUCGCCCAAGGAAACAUCAAAUAUGUAUGUUUGUUCACCUACUCUUAUAGUCAAUGUGUUCAUCAUUUCAGCUUAAAAAUAACAGUCUGCCCCUUUAGCCAGUUUUCAUGUCUGUGCAAGACCUUUCAAUAGGCCUUUCAAACAAUAAUUCCUCCAGAAAACUAGUCUAAGAGUGAGGACCCCCAACUCUAGCCUCCCCUUGUCUUGCUGUCCUCUGUUUCUCUCUUUUUGCUUUAAAUUCAAUAAAAGUGACACUGAGCAAAUAACCCCAUCAGGUUAUAUUUGCCCACAUACCCUAAGCAUAAAAGCUUUCUGGGAGUGCUGCUUGUGUUAGGUUUACAGUGAAUGAUUUCCAACACACUGAGGCCCUUAAUAAAUAUUCUGGAAUCUGGACAGAAGUCAUACAGCAGGCAAGCGACUCUGCCACAGCAGGCAUGCCCUGUGGCACCGAGGGCAGCAUGCCUCUUGACAGGGGCUUCCUCAGUGUUUCCCACGUGUUUGUCCAAUUCAGCUAAGUUCAAGUCACAAGUGCAGGCUGUGGUGCCAGUCUGUGUCACGUGCUGAGGCCUCUCUCUUUCCAGGUUGGUCACAUGAGAAAGUUUGCUUUGUGUGCUUGCAGCUGUUUUCCUGUCUUUGCCAAGCCCAGGCUGGGACCAUAGGCAGUGAAGAGAAAAUGUUUUUUUCCAUAGCAUUGGAGUAGAUCUUUGGCAAAAGGGAAUUACUCAACCCAUGGAUACAGUGUAAUUACCCACAGUUCUAACAGAAGGGUACAGAGAGCCCAUAUCCUUUGUGGAAUGAGACAGGUAUGAAUAAAAUAAAUGUGAUAUUACCUGCCCUA